GAGCCAUGGCGUUCCUCACCCUUCUGCUGUUGCCUCUUGCUCGCGCCGUGCUCGAGUCUGUAACGCUGCCCACGGAAAUCGAACCUUUGGGAGGACUCCUGGCUAGCACAUUGCUGCGCCAUGGUGUGCGUAGUGUUUCCGAUGUCGCUUUGAAAUCCUCCGUUCUGCAAGAGAAUGGUGUUCUCCAAUGGCAGAUUGAAGCCAUUUUGGCGGCGGGGCCCCAGCAGGCGGUGUCCCCAGCCCAAGUGAGGGCUGAUUUGCCAGUUGCCUUUCAGGGGAAGAGGGCAAACCUUUCAGCAGCCUUAGAGGCUGCGCGACCAAAUCAGCGGGCUCGCAGUUUAGCCGCCCUUGACGAAGAUGUCUUAGCUCGGAGCACGGCUCCAGCUCACGAGUCACGUCUUCGGACGUAUCAGGCUGUUUGCAAGGCUUGGGAUCUGGAGCCUUUUCCGCUCUCCAAUGAGAACGUUCGAGCUUUCGCUGCGAGUCUGAAAGCAGGUGGAUACAGAAGCGCUGCCGUGUAUUUUCAAUCCAUUUGCUCACACCAAACCAGGCAUUUGCACCUUCCUGUUGACUCGUUGCUUCGGCAUGUCAUUCGAGACUGUCUGCGUUCAAUUUUGCGUGGACUUGGAGCUCAACGUUUAAAGGAGUCCUUCGACGCUAUGCGACUCAAUGAUUGCUCUUUCAGUUUUGUCGAUGAAGCUUUCAGUUUUGAUCAAGUUAGCCACUGCCGAGAUCUUUGCAUUAUCGGAUUGUGGUACAUGUUACGUGAGUCGGAGUUAGCAUCAGCUCGGCUCAGUCAUUUGACCUUGACUGACUCUGAACUUCGCUUGCUGAUUCCAAUCCACAAAACCGAUUGCUAUGGUCAGCUCUGUGAACGAGUGCUGUCUUGCUCCUGCAGGGUCCGACGACACAAUUUAUGCGUCUGGCAUGCGGCAGAGCGCCACCUCAUCAGGUCAGUCAUUUCUUUUCUUGGCAUUCCACUGAGUCGCAGGGAUCCUUCAGGGAAAGACAUUCAACGUUUCCACGGCCACGUUCUACGUGUCAGUGGAGCGCAGAUGUUGUUCGCAGCUGGUGUGCAUCUACAGCUCAUACAGCUGCUGGGGAGAUGGACAAGCAUGACCAUCUUGCGCUACACGCAGCAAGCUGGCCUCAAUCUGCUGCCGAGCAUCCCUGAUGUGGUGCUGAACAACCGGCCUGAUGUUGGUUCGCUGGCGAUUGCGCCUGCCGUGGGCCCUCAAGUUGAUUCAGAUGCGUUGAGCCGUGCUGCUCCCAGGAUCUCAAACGAGUCCUCCAGAUCGGGCGCUUCUUCUUCUUCCAGGACCUCGACAUCCGGGGACAUCACUGCUUUGCGUGCCGAGCUUCAGAUCCUCAAACAAGCAGUGAUCAAGCCGCCUGCAGCAUAUGUCAUUCGCUCCAGGUCCAAGAUUGUCCACCUGGGCUGCCCGCAUGAACUCAGCAACCCACCUAGCUCGUGGCGUUCACGGUGUGGAUGGGCCUAUGGUCAGGCAAACUUUUUGAGGGUCAGUGAGAUUUCUGAUCCCCUUAGGGCCUGUCAGAAAUGUUUUGAUCGGAAUGCAGAUUCCGGUUCCGAUGUUCAGAGCUCUGGUUCGGGCUUUUCUGACCUGGAACCUUCUGAUAGUGACAGCUCUUGA